AUGGUCCCCGAGCCGGGCCCUGCCAACACCAGCACCCCGGACUGGGGGUUGCGGUCUCCGUCGGACCCAGGGGGCAGCGUCUGGGUGGCGGCCGCAAUGUGUGUGGUCAUCGCGCUCACGGCGGCAGCCAACUCGCUGCUCAUCGCGCUUAUCUGCACGCAGCCCGCCCUGCGCAACACGUCCAACUUCUUCCUGGUGUCGCUCUUCACGUCAGACCUGAUGGUGGGGCUGGUGGUGAUGCCGCCGGCCAUGCUGAACGCGCUGUACGGGCGCUGGGUGCUGGCGCGCAGCCUCUGCCUGCUCUGGGCCGCCUUCGACGUGAUGUGCUGUAGCGCCUCCAUCCUCAACCUCUGCCUGAUCAGCCUGGACCGCUAUCUGCUCAUCCUCUCUCCGCUGCGCUAUAAGCUGCGCAUGACGUCCCCACGCGCUCUGGCGCUCGUCCUGGGCGCCUGGAGCCUGGCCGCGCUCACCUCCUUCCUGCCCCUGCUGCUGGGCUGGCACGAGCUGGGCCGAGUGCGGGCACCUGCCCCGGGCCAGUGCCGUCUGCUGGCCAGCCUUCCUUUCGUCCUCGUGGCCUCCGGCCUCACCUUCUUCUUGCCCUCAGGCGCCAUCUGCUUCACCUACUGCAGGAUCCUGCUGGCGGCGCGGAAGCAGGCCGUCCAGGUGGCCUCCCUCACCACGGGCAUGGCCGGCCAGGUCUUGGACACGCUGCAGGUACCCAGGACCCCACACCAGGGGGUGGAGUCAGCUGACAGCAGGCGACUAGCCACCAAGCACAGCAGGAAGGCCUUGAAGGCCAGCCUGACACUGGGCAUCCUGCUGGGCAUGUUCUUUGUGACCUGGCUGCCCUUCUUUGUGGCCAACAUAGCCCAGGCCGUGUGUGACUGCGUCCCCCCAGGCCUCUUCGAUGUCCUCACAUGGCUGGGGUACUGUAACAGCACCAUGAACCCCAUCAUCUACCCACUCUUCAUGCGGGACUUCAAGCGGGCCCUGGGCCGGUUCCUGCCAUGUCUCCACUGUGCUCGUGAGCACCGGGCCAGCCCCGCCUCGCCGUCCAUGCGUACCUCGCACAGCGGCCCCCGGCCCGGCCUGAGCCUGCAGCAGGUGUUGCCGCUGCCCCUCCCACCAGACUCUGACUCCGACUCAGGUUCUGGGGGCUCCUCAGGCCUGCAGCUCACAGCCCAGCUGCUGCUGCCUGGACAGACCACCCGGGAUCCCCCACCACCUGCCAGGGCCACGGUCAACUUCUUCAACAUCGAUCCUGUGGAGUCUGAGCUUCGGCUGCAUCCGCUUGGUACACCCACACAUUGACCCAGCCUGGAGUCGGUCAGCGGGGAGCAGGGCUGGACGGGGCCAUGCUAGUGAGCAUCUGCUCUUGGCAAAGGCCAGAGGCUGCAGGUUUCCUGGGAGCCUUGGGUUCCAGUAGGGGCCCCGAGUCCCCGCUGCCUCCUGCAGGCCCCCUACUUGGAGGGUUAAGAGGCAGCUCAGCUGUGGUUUUCUCCAAGAUGCCCCACUGUUGUGUGUGAUUUGUGGGUGUGUGUAGAGGAUGGUCAAAGGACUCUGCUGGUUCUGGUCAGGAUGCCGAUGAGCCUGUCCUUUGCACUUUUACCAGACUGUGUGGGAGGAUGUUUGCAUCUGCAGAGCUGGGUCAGCUCUUCAAAGGGUAGUUCUUGGGCCACCACCUGGGAACCUGGUGAAAAAUGCAUACCUGGCCUGCCAGACCUGCCAGGGCAGAAUCUGGGUGCUAGCGAGCCCCUGUGGAGUCGUGUGCCCAUUACAACUUGAGAUGUGUUGGCUUAGAUGAUAUUGAACUCCAAGGCUGCUUUGCUGGACAGAUUUUGGAGCAGCCAGCCCCUCAGGGUGGGCGUGGCCACACGCAGAAGAGCGCCUGAGCCCGGGAGCCAGGCAGGCAUCAACCUGAGUUUCUGCUCCAUCACUUAGUAGCUCCUGCACAGCUAACUGAACCUCUCUGAUCCUGCUGUUCCACUUGCAAAAUGGGGUUACAACGGCUGCCCCUUAGGAUGUCAUGGGAAAGCACACAGGAGGCUCAGUGUCAGCACGUGGUCAGCAGGGCGUCCCUUCUGCCAUCAUCACGCGUGGCCACCCAGCUGCCAGCCUCUGGCUGUGGGCAGAGGAGCAUUAUCUCUGGACCUGCUGUUCAGCAACAACGGGAGGAGGAA